GGGUUUGCUCCUGAUAUCCACCAUGGAUGAGAUCUUUGAUAUGGUCAAGCCGGUGGAUUCGCUCAAAAUUACACUGGAAGAUCUGCUAAGAUGUGGGCAAGGCGAUACGGUGAUAAGUCUUCUCAUCGAUCUCAAGGGGUUCUGGCUUUACGAGAAUCGAGAGCAGCUUGCCGCUGAUCCGUCCCAACUCGACGCGGAAGACGAAGACGACGAUGAAGUGGAUGACAUGAAGCUGGCUAGCUCGGUUCCUAGCAUCGGCCAUGUUGGUAACCAAGGUGAUGGUGCAGGCGGCCAUGUUGGUAACCACGGUGAUGGUGGUGGCGACAGCCAGGAUGUCCUGCCGGUGGAGCGGGAGUUCCGCGAGAUGAGCGUAGAGGAUUUGGAGUGAAGCUGUUUCGUGUGUGUGUGUGGGUGCUUGUGUACGUGUGUGUCUGGCGUAGUGGAUGGUGUACAGUGGAGAGAG